AUGGCUGCUACGUCGUCCCAGUCGCUCUACCAGAGCGCUGCGAUCUUCGCCGGUGGUCUCGCCAUCGGCGCCGGUACGCUCGCGCUUUCGCGUGCCGCCUUUGCCCCCGCUCACAAGCCCAACAAGUCGAUCAAGCGCAAGGUUUCGGAUGCCAAGCUGCGCACUGCCGACGCCUCCAAGUCCAGCUCCACCGCCGUCACUGCCAAGAAUACCGCUACUGCCCUUGCCGGCAUCACCGCCGAUGGCCGUACCGACCCUCCUGCUUCCCAGCAGCUCGACCAUGUUGACGCCAAAGGCGCUGGCCCUGCUGCUCCUGCCAAGCCUGAAUUGCCUGGACAUGUCGCUCCCAACGGCGUUGAUGCUACCGCUGGUGGCCAGAAACUCACUGGUCUCGUCAACGCUCAGCCCAUCAACGCUGCCGCUCCUGAGCCCGAGCCUGCCAACCGCGCCAAGCAUGUCGAUGCCCGCAUGGAUCUCAGUACCGUUCAGGGCCCUUCCGAGGCCGAGACCGCCGCCAAGAUUGCCGCCCAAUCUUGGUUGCUCGGCAUCUCCAGCACUAAGCUCACCAGCACCGCCGCUAUCGACUCGAUUGCUUACGGCAACAGUACCGCCAUCUUCAGCUACGAGAGCCAAGCCAACGGCGGUUUCGGCUCCUUCAGUGAGCAGGAGGCACAACUCGCCGCCGAAAAGGGCUGGUUCAAGGGCCGCCCCUCGGUUUUCAAGAUGCAGACCCGCUCCGGCGCCGGCAACGCCAUCAUCGGUUACCUUAACGCCAAGGGUGGUUCUUCCUCCACCGAGCCCACCAAGGUUGUGACCGCGCUCACCAACGCUGCUGGCUUUGCUGCCAUGGCUCCGGCGCUCGUCUCGUACCACGGCUCGGAUAACGCCAAGCUUGUGCUGCAGGUAUCGGCCGCUACCCACGCUGCCGAGCACGGUCAGGAGCUCAACAUCACCAACGACUACGCCUCGAUCCUCUCGACUGCUGCUGCUCUUGGCGACUCGUUCGAGGUCGUUCUCUCCGCUACUCGUCAGGAGGCUGUUGACCUUGCCCAAUACGCUUACCAGUCGCCCAAGAACGUCGUUCACAUCUUUGAUGGUGCGUUUGCUGGUCGCGAGGUCGGCACGCUCAACAUCCCCACCAAGGGUCAGAAGGUCGACGCUCCCGAACCUUUCCUCUUUACCGGCUCGCCAAAGGCCCAGACGGUCCUCGUUGUCCCCAGCGGCUCUCACAGCCAGGCUGCGCGUGCUGUGCUCGUCACUCUGCCUCCCGCUGUGCGCCACAACGUCGCCCUCCUCUCGGUUCGCAGCCUGCGCGACUGGGAUGAGGCUGACCUCCGCAAAGCGCUCCCCAAGUCGGUCGAGAGCCUUCACGUCCUCGAGGAGGUCUCUGGCGGUGUCGUUGCCGGCCAGCUUUACGAAGACAUUGUCUCUUCCGUCUUUGACGUCGAAUUUGCCGGUUCCGACAUUCCCUCGCACGUGUUCCCUCUGGCAUUGGCUCCAGGCCAGAACUUGACCGCUGCCGAGCUCAGCAAGCUGCUCGAGACGCUGAGUGGCAACCACAACGCGGCUCUCAAGCUGCAGGACGUUAUCGACGAGGCCGACGGCGACCACGCCGACCUGCUCGCCCUUUCCGGUGCUUCGGUUCUUUCUUUCUUCGACAGCGAGAUCAGCCCCACCGCUCCUCUAGCCCAGCUCACUGCUCGUGCCAUUCGCGACCGUGGCUCUGACACCCAGCUCCACGCCCGUCUGCUGUCGCGUUACGACAACUUUGAGGCAUCGGGCAUCCUCCGUUCCGACAUCAUUCUGUCGAGCCGUCCUGAGUCGGCUGCCGACGCGCCCAUCGUCCUUGCCGCCGAGGAGAACGUCGCCAAGGUGCUCGUGGUCAGCGAUCCCGCCACUACGCUCAGAAGCUACGCUCCCUUCCAGUCGCUCGCCCGUGGUGGUACUGUCAUCUUCAACACGCCCGGAUGGGAUGUCGCCGAGCUCGACUCGAAGCUGCGCGCCGAGGACAAGCGUGUACUCGCCCAGAAGAGCGCCCGUCUCUUGCUUAUCGAUGCUGCUGCCGUCGUUGAAAAGCUCAACACCAAGACCGCCAACGCCAGCGGCGGCAAGGCCAAGGUCGGUGACAAUGUCGUCCCCGCUGAGAUUGCCGCCGCCGUCCUCCUUGUGGCUGUUCUGCGUGUCCAGCUCAACAUUUCUGGUGCCGCCCUCGCUGCUUUCCUCAAACGCGUCAUUGGUACCGCUCCCGUGGGCAUCAAUGGCGUCGAGGGUCUCGUCUUGGCUGCCGAGAGCGCCAUUCAGCUCCAUGCCUUCAACGACGAAGAGUGGUCCCGCGCUGAGCCCAUCUCGGAGGCCGAGCAGAAUGCUCCUCUGCGUCCUACCCAGAUUCGCUACAACGGCUUCGGUCCCAACCCUGAUGCUGCCACCGUUGGCAUUGAGGCUGCUCCGUUCCGCAGCACCUGGGCGCAGUCUGCCUGGCAGCACCUCUUCUCUGAGGCGUACGAUACCAAGCUUGACUCCCUUCGACCGGACCUGCCCGAGCAGACUUGGGUCGUCGAGGUUACCGAGAACCGACGUCUCACCCCGGUCGACUAUGACCGAAACGUCUUCCAUAUGGAGCUCAGCACCAAGGGCACUGAUCUCAAGUACGAGGUCGGCGAGGCUCUUGGUGUCCACGGCUGGAACGACGAGGAGGAAGUCGCCGAGUUCAUCCGAUGGGCCGGUUUCGACGCCGACGAGAUCGUCAACGCUCCCAGCCUCACCGAGGCGGGCAAGCACGAGAGCCGCACCGUCUUCCAGACGCUGCAGCAGAACCUCGACAUCUUUGGAAAGCCGCCCAAGCGCUUUUACGAGGAGCUUGGCAAGCUUGCUACCAACCGUGACGAGGCUCGCUGGUUGCGUUUCAUCAGCUCUGCUGAGGGUUCAUACACCUUCAAGAAGCUUUCGGAGAUCGAGACUUUGACGUAUGCCGAUGUGCUGCGCAUGUUCCCUUCGGCUCGUCUCCCUGUCGACCAGCUGCUGACGCUGGUCGAGCCCAUCAAGCCUCGCCACUAUUCGAUCGCCUCGGCUCAGGCAGCCGUGGGUGAGUCGAUUCACCUGCUCAUUGUCACGGUGGACUGGAAGACGCCCAGUGGCAGCCCACGCUACGGUCAGUGCACGCGCUACCUCUCUCAGCUCAAGCCAGGUGCCAAGGUGACCGUCUCGCUCAAGCCUUCGGUGAUGAAGCUGCCUCCUAUCGAUUCGCAGCCCAUCAUCAUGGCUGGUCUCGGUACUGGUGCCGCCCCCUUCCGAGCUUUCAUCCAGGCUCGUGCACACAAGAAGGCGCAGGGUAUCGACGUUGGUCCACUCGUUUACUACUUUGGCUCUCGUUACCGCUCCGCCGAGUACCUCUAUGGCGAGGAGCUUGAGGCCUACACUCAGGACGGUGUCAUCCAGCACAUGGGUCUCGCCUUCUCCCGUGACACCUCCAAGAAGGUCUACAUCCAGCACAAGAUCUUGGAGGAUGGCGAUCUGCUCACCCAGUACCUCGGUCCCGAGAUUGAGAAGCUUGAAGCCGCCGGUGGUAAGGCCGAGGUGGUACUCCAGGACGGCCUGAUCAACGACGAGGACGUCGAGGAGGGCAAGAAGGGUUACUUCUUCGUCUGCGGUCCUACCUGGCCGGUUCCCGACAUUCACGAGGCGCUUGUGGGUGCUUUCGUUAAGAAGGGUUUGACCAAGGAUCAGGCCGAGAAGAAGAUGGAGGCUCUCAAGGAGGACGAGCGAUACGUUCUCGAGGUGUACUAG